AUGGAAGCUGACUCAGUGAUCAGCGGAGAGCUCCCACCCGAAAUCAUAUGCUUCCAGAUACUCCCAAGGCUACCGACCAAGUUUGUGAUCCGUUGCAGAUGCGUCUGCAAAUCAUGGUCCUCUCUCACCCGCAACCCUUCUUUUCUCACCGUCCACCGUAGCUUCCGGUGCAGCCCUUCCACUCACCUCCUCUUCACCACGUCGGACGACUCCACAACCACACUUCAACACUUUCACUCUGUGAAACUCAACCAAGAAGAAGGAGAAAAGAAUGUUAUUAAUCCAACAACAGACCUCUUUAGCCUUCCAGCACCGUCCUAUUCCUUUCUCGGCGGCACACAUAGUAUCAACGGCUUGACGAUUUUAGCCGAUCAACUUAAUGCCAAAACGGUUUAUGUUUUCAAUCCCUGUACUGAACAGAUUAUAACUCUUCCCCAUACCAGCCUUGAAGCCGAAUUGUUUACACACCAUCUCGGAUUCAGUGCUGUUACAAACGAGUAUAAGGUUUUCCAAGUGCAUUGGUCUGGUAAUGAGGAUUACCCGAAUUAUGUGACUUCUCUGAGGUUCAAAAUUUUCACUCUGGGUACAACUACAUGGAGGCACAUAGAGUUGGACUUUCCUUUUGAUCCUGAAAGGCUAGACUUUGCUAAGAAAAGUGUAUGCCUCCAUGGAGGCAUACAUUGGAUGCAUACGAAUCAGAAGAUUAUAGUUGCAUUUGAUGUUGGAGCCGAAAGAUUCAGAGCCAACAUCCCACUUCCCGGAGAUUGUGACUCCGGGAAUAUUGUUGAAGUGGGUGGAUGUGUGGCUGUGUAUGACACAUCAUUGCUUCAACAGGACAUGAUGUUAUUGUGGAUUUUGGAGGAUUACCAAAAUCAUGUGUGGGUUAAGAAGAAUAUCAUAUUUACCUCGAGUUGGGAGAAAUUAGGGUGCCCUAUUCCGUUGGGUACAAUCCACACAGGUGAGCUCCUGCUCAAGCCUACCUUACGGGACUCGGGCAAUGUCAGUGUUCAUCUUUACAAUAUAGAGAGCGAUAGCUUUCGGAAAUGUAAGAUUAGUUUGCCGGUGAAGAUUGGUCUAUGGAGCUUGCUUACUAGUUAUGAUGAAAGUGUGAUCACCUUGAGAUCAUGA